AAGCUGAUCAUAAAGUAUGCAAUGACUCGUUAACUGACAAUCUCUUGAUACUCGCAUCUGUUCUAUAUUUUGUAACUACACAUUCUAUCUUCAGUCUACCAUUUGCUUACGCCUGCUCAACUGUAUUUCCUCACGUCUUUAUCAAUAUGCAAUUCGUCAAACUUUUUAUCUCAAUUAUUGCUGCUACCUCAUCUAUUCAAGCUUUGGUUGUACCUGCUACUUCAAACUUUGAUACUGUCAACUUGGCCAAACGCAAUCCCCAAGAUGGUGGCAUUGGUUCUAUCUUUGGAGGCUUGUUUAGUAUAAUUCAGGAUAGUAUUGACGCUAGCAAAAAUGGCGGAUCUCCUAAAGAAAUUGCCAAAAAAAUUCUUAGUGGUCUUGGCAAAGUUGGUAAAGGCAUCUCUGAUACGAUAAAAGGUAAUACUUCCGGUACACAGAGUCAACAAGCUGAUACGGCUGGCAAAGUGAUUGAUGUAGUUACUAAAACUGCAGGAACUAUUGCAGGCCAAAUUGAUGAUGGCACCGGAUCUGAUGGGGAGUCUAGUGGCGAUUCAUCUAACGAGCAAUCUGAUGGCGAUGCAUCUGAGAAUGCGUUUAAAAGCGAUUCUUCAGAGUGAUUGUUACCUGCUAUUCAGUAUAUAUUCUAUUUGAUUUAAGCAACACCCAAAUCAGUUUUGGAUCUGCUUAUUCUUUAACAUCAAUGAACCAACUUUAUAUU